AUGAUUCCUUAUUGCGACGUGACCAUUUCAAGCCAAUCGAGCGUCGUGCUCGUGGAUUUGUGGCCGUCCGAUCCAACCUACCUGUCCAACGAGCCAGCUUGCAGCAGCUAUCUCCUCAUUCCUGCAGAGAACGCAUGGGAUGUGACUGUACGAACGGCGAUGUACACGUUGGCGUUGAUCUACCUGUUCAUAGGCCUCGCUACAAUCACAGGGAAAUACAUGGAAGCCAUGGAGAACAUCGUUCAGCAGACCCGUAAAGUGAGACUCUGGGACCCUGUGGUUGGUCGGUGGGUGGAGUCGGAGCAGCGCUUGUGGAAUCCAGCCAUCGCUGACAUCACGCUGCUGGCGCUGGGCACAUGCGCUCCUCAGAUCUCCCUCGCAGUCAUUGACGCCGUCAGGCGACUGGGCAAGACCGGCGGACAGGACCUGGGAGCAGGCACCAUCAUAGGUGGCGCAGCGUUCAACAUCUUCCCCAUCCUGGCUGUGUGUGUGCUUGUGCCUCCUGCCGGCACCGUCAAGCGCAUUUCAGACGUGGGGCUCUUUCUGGUCGAGUUCCUCUGGUCGCUCUGGGCCUAUGUGUGGCUCUACAUCGUGCUGCAGGUGAGCCCAGGGGGAUGUGUCUCAGGAAUGGCUGUGUUUUUUUGUGCCACACCCACCAUGUGUUUUUAUGUCAAGAUGCAUGGCAAUGGUCAUCAGAUUUUGCUGUCGUGUGAGCCACCUUGA